UGGAAGAAGACUAUUGCGAAGAUGAUGAUAGUGAUGAAGAGUACAGUAUUCAGAGACCUGCCUUUUCUGUCACAGGAGAACCUGACUUUGACUCUGGCCCUCCGCUGUGGACUUGAAUAUCUUAGGCGUGUAAGGUGGGAGGCUGCUAGAAUUCCCAAGGUAAAAGUUGUAAAGGUCAAUAAAGUCAAAGAACAGAGUGUGUAUAUGCCUCAAAUUCCCGAUGUUAUCAAGUGCCCCGAGAAAUUGUUGCCUCUCAAACAGUGGGAAGACAGUUUUCUUUCUGAUUUUUCACAGCUGAGAGAAGCUUUUGCGCGGCUAGACCUUGAAGACCCCAGUGCAGAAACAUCAGCAAAGAGGAAUUUUUGAAUCAGAUGGUUGAGAGUGAUAACACCUCUGAGAAAUAUGUCAGCUUUGAAUUUAUAGAUGGUUCUUGCAUC